GGGGCUGGAGCGCAGGAUGGCGGCGGUCGGUGCUGCUGCUGAGGCCGAGUCGUCGGACAGCGAACCGGAGCAGGAGCACGGAUCCCCGCAGAAACUCAUACGGAAGGUCUCCACGUCAGGUCAGAUCCGGAGCAAGACGAUUUUAAAAGAGGGAAAGUUGAUGAAACAGACGAAUUUUCAGCGCUGGAAGAGACGUUACUUUAAACUGCGGGGAAGAACGCUGUACUACGCUCAGACGGCCAAGUCAAUUAUUUUUGAUGAAGUGGAUCUGACGGACGCCAGUGUAGCAGAAUCAAGCACGAAGAACGUUAACAACAGCUUUACUGUAAUCACUCCGUGUCGUCGGCUGGUUCUGUGUGCGGAAAACAGGAAAGAAAUGGAGGAGUGGAUCGCAGCGCUGAAGAGUGUUCAGAACAGAGAACACUUUGAGUCCACUCAGUUCAGUAUGGAUCAUUUCUCUGGGAUGCAUAACUGGUACGCCUGUUCUCACGCUCGCCCCACGUACUGUAACGUCUGUCGGGAGGCUCUGUCUGGAGUCACGUCUCACGGACUGUCCUGCGAAGUGUGUAAGUUCAAGGCUCACAAGCGUUGUGCGGUCAGAGCCACUAAUAACUGCAAAUGGACGACACUGGCCUCUAUCGGCAAAGACAUACUGGAGGAUGAGGAUGGGAUCUCGAUGCCUCAUCAGUGGCUGGAGGGGAAUCUGCCCGUCAGCGCCAAAUGCACCGUGUGCGAUAAAACCUGCGGCAGCGUCUUGAGACUGCAGGACUGCCGCUGUUUAUGGUGCAAAGCCAUGGUGCAUGCUGGGUGUAAAGACCAGCUCUCUCCGAAGUGCCCACUGGGUCAGUGUAAAGUGUCUGUGAUCCCACCCACCGCCCUCAACAGCAUCGACUCGGACGGGUUCUGGAAGGCGACGUGUCCUCCGACCUGCACAAGCCCGCUGUUGGUGUUUGUGAACAGUAAAAGUGGAGAUAAUCAGGGCGUGAAGUUUCUGCGGCGUUUCAAGCAGCUGUUGAAUCCUGCACAAGUGUUCGAUCUGAUGAACGGAGGGCCACAUCUGGGCUUGCGUCUGUUUCAGAAGUUCGACACGUUUCGUAUUCUGGUGUGUGGAGGAGACGGCAGCGUCGGAUGGGUUUUAUCAGAGAUAGACACGCUGACUUUACACAAACAGUGCCAGCUCGGUGUACUUCCUCUGGGAACAGGAAAUGACCUGGCCAGAGUUUUGGGGUGGGGCUCGGCGUGUGACGACGACACACAGUUACCGCAGAUCCUGGAGAAACUCGAGAGAGCCAGUACUAAGAUGCUAGACAGAUGGAGUAUUAUGGUAUAUGAGACCAAGUUACCACGGCAACACUCCAGCUCCACGGUAACAGAGGACUGUAGUGAGGACUCCGAGGUGCAGCACAUUCUGACCUAUGAGGACUCAGUUGCUGCUCAUCUCUCCAAAAUCCUGACGUCUGAUCAGCAUUCGGUGGUCAUUUCAUCUGCCAAAGUCCUGUGUGAGACGGUAAAAGACUUUGUUGCGAAAGUCGGACGUGCUUACGAGAAAAACACAGAAAACUCAGAAGAAUCAGAGGCCAUGGCUAAAAAGUGUGGUGUGCUGAAAGAAAAGUUGGACUCGUUAUUGAAAACGCUUAACGAUGAAGCCCAGGCCAGCAGUGUGAUGUCUGCACCGCCGCCCACCAUCGCUGAGGAGCAGGUGGAUGGGGAGGGUGUGGUUCUGGCUCCGCCCACUGCCCCGCCCACAGUCACAGCCACUUGUUCGCCUCGACCGCCCGCCGCCAUCUUCAAACCCCGAGAGCAGCUGAUGCUUCGAGCCAACAGCCUGAAGAAAGCCAUCAGACAAAUCAUAGAGCACACCGAGAAAGCGGUGGAUGAACAGAACGCUCAGACGGAGGAGGGUUUGCCUUCACUACCGGCGGAGGAAGAAGAGGAGGACGAUGGUUCAGAAACAUUGUCUCUGCAGUCGUCAUACAGCAGCCGAGCGCGAGCCAGCAGACGAGCAUCUAAGACUCCAUGUGAGAAGCUCAUCAGUAAAGGAAUCCUGUCCAUAGGCAGCUCCGCCUCACUUCCUGCUCAGACAGGAAGUAGAGAGAACAUGCCCAUGCUGAACACUAAGAUCCUCUACCCAAGUCUCAGAGCUGGUGUGUCGGGGUCUUUUAGCGGUUCGGUGAUCACCAGGCUUCUGGUCAAUGCUGAUCCGUUCAGCUGUGAUCCGGAGAACCUGGAUCUGUUCACGGAGAAAUGUGUGAUGAAUAAUUAUUUUGGAAUCGGUCUGGAUGCCAAAAUCUCUCUGGACUUCAACAACAAACGUGACGAGCAUCCAGAGAAAUGCAGAAGUCGCACUAAAAACAUGAUGUGGUAUGGAGUCCUGGGAACCAAAGAACUUCUGCACAGAACAUACAAGAACCUGGAACAGAAAGUUCUGCUGGAGUGUGACGGGAGGCAGAUCCCUCUUCCCAGUCUGCAGGGAAUCGCUGUGUUGAAUAUUCCCAGUUAUGCAGGAGGAACCAACUUCUGGGGCGGAACUAAAGAGGAUGAUACGUUCACGGCGCCGUCGUUUGACGAUAAGAUCCUGGAGGUGGUGGCUGUGUUCGGCAGCAUGCAGAUGGCUGUUUCUAGAGUUAUUAAUCUACAGCAUCACCGUAUCGCACAGUGCCGAACAGUGAAGAUCACUAUUCUGGGAGAUGAAGGUGUACCUGUGCAGGUGGACGGGGAGGCCUGGAUACAACCGCCCGGAUACAUCCGGAUCCUCCACAAGAACCGCACACAAACCCUCACCAGAGACCGGGCGUUCGAGAACACUUUGAAGUCAUGGGAGGACAAACAGAGAGGCGAGAUUCCACGGCUGGUUUCCCAGCAUGCAUCGCAGCCGGAGGUCGUUUCUGAAGAGGAAACUGCUCAGAUCAGCCUGUUCGGACAGGCAGCCGGUGCACUUAUACACAGUAUCAGGGAAGUGGCACAGUCUCAUCACACUAUCGAGCAGGAAUUGGCUCAUGCGGUCAACGCCAGCUCUAAAGCCAUGGAUCUGGUGUACGCGAACUCCAAAAGCAGCGGGGGUUUGACCUGUAACGUGGUGAUGGAGAUGGUCAGUAACGUCAAAGCUCUGCACAGCGAGACCGAACUGCUGCUCGCGGGAAAGAUGUGCCUGCAGCUGGAUCCUCCUCAGAGAGAUCAGCUGAUCGGUGCGUUGAGUUCAGUCGCUCAGCAGUUACGCAGACUCACAGACAUCAGCUGGCUCAGUCAGCUAAUCGACCCGGCUGACGACGAGGGUCAGCUGUCUGAUUUCUCCAAACGCAGUCGUAGCGCUAAAUUCCGCCUCGUGCCCAAAUUCAAGAAAGACAAAAACAACAAAAACAAGGAGACGUGCGCCGCCCUUAACAUGCCAGUGAAUACGUGGGGUGUGGAUGAAGUGGCCGUCUGGCUGGAGAUGCUCUGUCUGUCCGAGUAUAAGGAGAUCUUCAUCAGACAUGAUAUCAGAGGACCAGAGCUGCUUCAGCUGGAGAGGAGAGACCUGAAGGAUCUGGGAGUGACUAAAGUCGGCCACAUGAAGCGGAUCCUGCAGGGAAUCAGGGAUUUGAGUCGAAACAGCACAACCAGCGAAGCCUAGACGCUCCGCAGCCAAUCAGAUGCCUCGCUCGGACCUUACGAAGCUUCACUGGCCAAUCAAACGUUCAGUCACGACUGUAAGCAGCCAUACGCCGCCACUCGACCAAUCACAGUGCCUUCUGUUCUCCUCCUCUGUGAUAUCAUCGCUUUGGGGGAAACUAUUUGACUACCUAGAAGGGGGAGAUUUAUCAAGAGCCAUCAGAGGGUCGAACCAAUGUCACAGACCCUGAAGAGCAAAUGAGCAUUCAGCCAAAUUCACUGAAGACAACAGGAAAUCCGACUUUUUUAUUUUAAAUACUUUUUUAAAUGCUUUCAAGUCUUCUAAAUCUGUCAUCAAAACUGAAUAAUCAUUUUAAUUUCCUGUGAUGUCACCAAGGCCCAGAUUUAUACUAUUAACCAAUAAUCCUAAACCCCAUGUUUUACAAUGAUCCAAAUCAAAUCCCGAUGGAUAAUGGAGUCCCGCCCUCCAUUAUUUUCUGCUAAAUAUAUUCAGUUUCAUUCUAAAAUGUCAUUUUUCAUAAGCUAAAUGUGUGGGGAAUGCAGUGUCAUGUUGUCUUGAAGCUCUUUGGCUCUGUUCAAAACCUAGUGAGCUGCCUUGCUGUCUACUGCCUACAUAGACAGCUGCCUUCUUAGCCACCAAAUGAUUUCCAGUUGGAUAGAUCCUCAGAUGAGCAUAAAAUACAAUGUAAUAUUGGGUCAAAUACUUUCCCAUUUUACAU